AUGCUAAAAGAACUGAAAAGUAGUUAUGAACAGGCAUCAAACAAGACUAAGCAACGUCCCAAUCAAGGUAUUGUCGACACAUUGAGCACUCUGCGAGAGCGUUCUCUACGCUAUAUCGAUGAAUCUGCAUAUGAAAACUAUGAUCGCAUCUUACCUUUGAAUGGCAAUCAGCCAACAUUAAGCAAGUUCAGAAUACAAGAUAAUGAUUUGCCACAUAUAUUCGAAGCAUUGAAAACGGCAACGAUGAUCACUCACCUCGAUCUUCGAUACAAUCGCAUCUCAGAUGAAGGUGCUGGAUUACUUGCCAAUUUCCUCAAAGACGAUCAAUAUAUAUCAAUUCUUAAUUUACAAGGAAAUGAUAUACAUCGAAAGGGUACACAAAGUAUAACGAAUAGUCUUAAGACAAAUACGGCAUUGUCAUCUUUAUCACUUGCCGAUAACAGCAUUGGCAAAGACGGUGGAAUGGCAAUGGCUGAAACACUUCAAAUCAAUAUUAAUCUUGAACAUUUGAACUUGGCGAAUUGUGAUUUAGAAAUGAAUAGUUUGGUUGCCUUACUGACUGUUCUACGCUACAAUCCAAGUUUAAAAUCACUUGAUAUAAGUCGUCCGGUACCACAAUAUCAACAUACGAACUGGGUGGACGAUAUAGCAAUCCAUAUUGCACAAAUGCUCGAGAAAAACACGGUCUUACAAGAACUACACAUACAAAAAUAUGAAAUUCGUGAUACUGGAUUCAUGUGGAUAUGUCAAAAGAUGCAACAUAAUCAAACAUUAUAUUUCCUCGAUCUCAGUUGCAAUCGAAUUACACGUGACGGAGCUGUGUAUAUAGCAUCUAUGCUUGAAAAAUGUAGCCUUCUUCGACUCAAUUUAGCUUUUAAUCGAUUGGAAGAUGAAGGCGCUGGUCAUAUCGCUACUGCAUUACUCCAUUCGAAUUCUAAACUUCGAAGUCUUGAUAUUCGUUCGAACAACAUUAAAGGAGAUGGAUUGUGUAGUUUAGCUGAUGCGGUUAAAUUUAAUUCAGCUUUGAUGGAACUGUUUAUUUGGGGAAAUGUCAAUGAAGAACGAGCAUGUUUAGCUCUUGAAAAUCUUUUAAAAAUUCGUCGCUUUGAACCUGAUAACAUUGAUGUAUCGCCUUAUCGUGUCGAUGCUCGGACAUAUUUGGCUGAAUCAACGAAUAAUCUUGAUAAGUAUGCAUACUGGAAACAAGUUGAACCACGUCUUCGUAUUCAACCAGCUGUAAAUCGCGAAGCAUUGAGUGAACGUGCCUGA